ACAAAACAAAACGGGUUAAGCAAUUAAUGUCUACAUAAUUUGUAAGAAAGAAAGAAAAAAAUCUAAAGCACAGAAGACAUCGCCAAGGCUGCUGCUUCAUUAUUCAGUCACUACAGCUACUAAUUGUUGUUUAACGCCAAAAAAAAUAAAGAAAGAGAAACGUUACAAAAGAAUUUUCUAAUCUAAAACAUAAUUAUAAAAAAGAAAUAGUUUUUCUUUUGCCCAAAAAUUGCCAGUCUCAAGAACAUCUUAUUGUUUCAAAAAACAAAUUACAAAAACUUGUCAAAAGGCUAUAGAAAAAUAAAAACAAGAAUUUACCAAGGAACCAUAAUUUUUGAAAACUAUCAUCAUCCAUCUACAAAUAUUUUCCAUCUAUCAUCAUCUAGAAAACAUAUACAGACAGACGGACACAUCCCAGCAUAUUGUUGUUAAUGUGUUAAUGUAUUUUUUUCACUUGGAUUUAAAACAAAAAAACUAAAUAAAAAGAUAAUUAACUUUUGCAUAUAAUUUUUUGCAUUUUAUAAUAAAUGAAAAUAAAAAUUACAAUCAACCAAAUAAAUAGAAAUACAUUUCAACAAAUUUCAAUAAAGAAACAAAAUUGUUAUAAAACAAGAGGAGCUUAAAUGAAACGAUAAAAGACACCACCAAUUAAUUUAUUAUAAUUGUUACAAAAAAUUUAUUUGUUUCUUAUUGGACACAAAAUAAAAAAACAACAAAUCCAGAGGAGCAAACAGGAGCAUAAAACAACAAGUAUAUUGUUAUAAAUAAACAAAAGAAUCUACAUACAAACAUUACGUAUAUUUAUAUAGAAUAUAUAUAUACAAACAACAACAAUUUAAACAUUUUAAAUAACAAAGUUAUUUAUUUAUAAAUUCAAAUUUAAAUUAAAAAAGAAACAACCAAACAAAACCAACCAACCCAACCCCCCAAAACAAAAAAACAAACACACAGUUAAAAUGGAGGACAAUAACACAAGUACGCAAACUAAACAUGAUGAUACAUCGGUUACAUUAACAAUAAGGCUGAUUAUGCAAGGAAAGGAAGUUGGCAGUAUUAUCGGCAAAAAAGGAGAAAUUGUUAAUAGGUUUCGUGAAGAGUCGGGGGCAAAAAUCAAUAUAUCCGAUGGUUCUUGUCCGGAGCGUAUUGUAACGGUGUCUGGUACAACCAGUGCAAUCUAUUCGGCAUUUACCUUAAUCACCAAGAAAUUUGAAGAGUGGUGCUCUCAAUUUAAUAAUGAUGUUGGUAAAGGUGGUAAAACACAAAUACCCAUACGCUUGAUUGUGCCUGCCAGUCAAUGUGGAUCGUUAAUUGGCAAAAGUGGUUCAAAAAUUAAGGAAAUACGUCAGACAACAGGCUGCUCUAUUCAGGUGGCUAGUGAAAUGUUACCAAAUUCAACUGAACGUGCCGUUACCUUAAGUGGUACUGCUGAACAAAUAACUCAAUGCAUCUAUCAAAUUUGUCUCGUUAUGUUGGAGUCGCCUCCUAGGGGUGCUACCAUCCCUUAUAGGCCAAAACCACAAGUGUCAGGACCUGUCAUUUUGGCUAAUGGACAAGCAUUCACCAUACAGGGCAAUUAUGCUGUACCCGCACAAGAGGUGGCUAAAAAUCCGUUGGCUAGUUUGGCAGCAUUAGGUUUAGCCGGUAUGGCACCGGCUAAUACUGGCGGUCUUAAUCCCACAGGUUGGUAUUUAAGAAUAUAUAGAAUUUCCAGUAAAUUACACAAUAAUUUUGUUUUCUCUUAAAAAGCAGCUUUGGCUGCUCUAGCUGGUUCACAGUUGCGUACCGCAAAUACAAAUCGUGCUCAGCAGCAACAGCAUGAAAUGACUGUUUCAAACGAUUUGAUCGGUUGCAUUAUUGGCAAAGGUGGUACCAAAAUUGCCGAAAUACGUCAGAUUUCUGGUGCAAUGAUACGCAUUUCGAAUUGUGAAGAACGUGAAGGUGGCAACACCGAUCGCACCAUCACCAUCAGUGGCAAUCCAGAUUCUGUAGCCUUGGCACAAUACUUAAUCAAUAUGAGCGUCGAAUUGCAGAAGGCAAAUCUCCAAGAGGCAAAUAGUGCAACAACAGUUAAUGGUACCACUGCCGCAACAAACGGAGGGCAAAUCAAUAGUAGCAACAGCAACACUAAUCCAACAAACACAAAUAAUAUAAACACAACAACAUCCACAUUAAGUAACAAUAUUUCGAAUAGCAAUAACACUAACACAACAACAUCAUCAUCAUCCCCAAUAAACACAACAACGAGUGUUUUGAACUCAAACAAUACAUCAUCUACAACAUCAACAUCAAACACCACACCAACACCACUAACAAAUCCUUUAGCAGCAGCUGCCAGCUCAUUAGCUUCAGCCAUACCACUGGCCCAAUUACUGGCCAAACCAGGAGCACUUAAUGCCCUUACAAGUCUUACCGCUCUCGGUAGUCUGUCCGAUUUAUUAGGGGGUCUGGCCACACUGGGUGGUCCACCAGUCCAAACCACUGGUGUUCAUCGCACCAAAACUUUUGCUUCAUCACGUUUUCGAAAUCAUAAUUCGGAUGGCAGUGCCGAACCCGAAAAAGCUCGAAACAAAUUCAAUCCCUAUUGAAACAACCACUAAGAAGACUAUGAAGUGUGCUGAGUAUUACAAUAAAAAAAUAAAAUUGGGGUUUCUUAUUUAUAUUAAAAGAAAAUAACAUAAAAACAAAAGAAAAAAAAUGCAAAAUGCAACCAAAAUUUUUAGAAGCUUUAGAUUUUUACAAAAAGUAACAAAAAAGUUGUAAAACAUUAAAAAUAUUUAAUUCGUCGUAAAAUGUAGUUUGUAGAAAGAUCUUUUAGGAAUAAGUCUUGCCGACUUAAAUUUUACUUCUAUUUUAUAGUGUAGAAUUGAAUUUAUACACUUUACUUAUUUUUAUCAAAAA